AAACCCUCCAGCUUGGGCUCCAGAGACCCCUGGUAAACCGUUCCUGAGACCCCCGGUAAACCGUCCCUGAGACCCCCGAUACACUGCGGACAGUCAAGCAGCAGCCUCUUCAAUGCACCCGUUGUAGUUUGCAAGAGUCAUUUCUUCUACUCCUAAUCCUACAAGGAUGAGUUUAGAGGUUUCUGGUGGAAACAAAGAAUGGAGCCCAGAACCUUCUGCAGACCCUGAGGAAAGGUCCAUCAGCAGUCCCAAUGACCCGGCCCAAAGUCCCUGCAGCCACAGUCCUAGUACAAGUGACAGAAGUGAGACAAGCUGCAGCCAACAUUCCAUCAGCGACAGCUCCUCCUCCGAGACACCGGAAAGAAUAACAGAGACGCAAAAUACUCCAGAAAAGACACCAAAGACAAUAAAGAAUACGAUGUGUCAAACAUUCCCUAAAGUUGCAGACAAAGGAUUCUCCUGGAGGAAGUCCCCACCAUGGAAACGUCCAUCCCUAAAACCGCAACAUCUGCCGAUCCCCACCCAGAAGACGGAAAGCGAUGUAACUCGGCGCAUCUUAUCGGCGCAGGUUCGCAAAAUUAAAGAAUUGAAGGACGAAUUGUGUGAUGUCCAGCGGACCCUAGAGGCUGUGAACAGCGAGAACCGGCUGCUGACCCGUCUCCAGCACAGGCACAUGAAGGCGCUGCAGAAGUACGAAAGCCCAGAAAGCAGCAUACACCAUCUUAUAGCCAGACACGGUAAUGAGGUCAGGACCCUGAGAGAGACCCUGAGGACCACACAGGAGAGCGAGCGCGGGCUGUCCCUGAAGCUGAAAAUGGCAGAAAACGAAUUACUGAAGGCAAAGGAGAGCUUAUGGCGGCUCCAAAGACUCUCCGAGGAUAAGAACCUCGCCGAGAGAGAAGAGCUCAACAAUAAGUUAUCCAGUUUAUUGAUUAAGAUGGAAAUCGACAGCACUAAAGUCAAGGUACUGGAGAAACAACUCCACCUCACGGCUCAGUUCUAUGACCGGCAGCUGUCCAUAGAGAGUAAGAAGGCGUCUGAGGCCCGUGACAUCUCAGAGAAACUACAGGAUGAGAUCCUAUCACUGCAGCAGACUAUAAAGGAAAAAGAGAAAGAACUGCACAUAAAGAACAUCUAUGCGCAUCGAAUGCCAAGAAACAUAUGGAAACAUGGCGGCCUGUACGGACUGACUUCAAAGAGCACCCAGACGGAGAGCGAGAUGUUCACCCACGAUGAGCCGAGGGCACACGAAGACGAGGAAUACAGCACACGGCAAAACAAGAACAUUGAAUCAGAGAAUGACAGCAUGAGAGAGGAAGACAAUAAUCCUCAGAUGACCCGUGAAGAGGCCGCAACACAUGACGUCUCUCAGGACCAGGCUGACUUUUUGCAAAUAGAUGGAAAGUAUGAAGAAGAAGACAAUGACGCAGAUAAGCCAAGCAGGUUAUUACUAGAGGAAGAUUUGGAGCAAGAGGACAUAAGACAUUACGAGAAGAACCAGCAGGAAGACGAGGGAAAUAAAAAUGAAAUAGACUCCGGAAGGAAAGUGGAGUCCAGCGAUACCAGAUCUUUCCUCCCCAGGCUCAGUAGACGUUACAUAUUCACUGCCGCCACAGAGAACCUUCACCAAGGCUUCCCGGCAACCGGGCCCAUCCCCAGCUUAAGUAAAGCCCAUAGUUGUAAUAGUCUUAAACGAGACAACAGUCUUGGUCAUAAAGAAUUAUCUCUGCCAAAAAUUAAGGCCGGCAAUUGUAAAGAGAAAAAGGAGGAACGUCCAGAUGUCUCUGUGAGCGACAGAAAGAAAACCCUGAUGGAAGAACUCUUUGGACCUAGGUACGGGGUAAAAAACAGUUUUUCAGGUGAUUUUGUAACUUCAGGCGAAGAGUUUAGUUUAUAGAUUUGGGUAAGUAGGUAUUAGAGUAAACCAAACCAAGAAGGCCAUGGCUUGGCAUCUGUUCUAUCUGUUAUAGACCUUUCAUUUUGUUUAAUAAAAUAUCUACAA